AACAUUUCACCAUCUAAAAAGAGAGCAGAAUUGGUAAUUCCAAGAAAAGGAAGGCUCUAUAUAUAACAUGAAAAGUGAUACUGUCAAAGAACCUAACAGUUCCGUUUUCCAUCCCCUUUCUUCCUCAUAAUAGUAAAAAGAAAAGAUCACCAUUACUACACUUCCACUUCACUUUCCCAAAACCAUAAUUAAUGGAACAGAGAUCACAUCUUCUAUCCUUUCCUUCUUCUUGUCUUCUUCUUCUUCUUCUUCUUCUUCCUUUUGUUUCUGCUGGAUCUGUUGCAGCUUACAAGAAUUACACAGUUGGUGACUCUUUUGGUUGGUAUGAUAACACUGAAAAGCCUAAUCUUGAUUAUCAGAAAUGGGCUGAUUCCAAGAAUUUCAGCUUGGGAGAUUUCCUGAUUUUCAACACUAACAACAAUCAUUCAGUCGUUCAAACCUACAAUUUCACCACAUACAAGUUGUGUGACUAUGAUAAUGCCUUAGACAAUGACACUAUUGAAUGGUCAGUCUCCGAUCCAUCAAACACCGCCACAACUGGAGUCACUGUAGCAGUUCCUCUAUUAAAAGAAGGAACCACAUAUUUCUUCUCCGGUGAUUAUGAUGGUGAUCAAUGCAAAGCUGGUCAACAUUUCAAAAUUAAUGUGACCCAUGGUCGGGGCUUACCGGAAAGCUUAAAAGAUCCUUCUGAGCAAGCUCCAGCGCCAAAUAGUCCUGAUGUUAGUGGUGAAGAUGUCACUCCAGAUACGAUUGUACCUGCCAAUUUCGAUAACCCUAAAGAUGUAAGCGAUGAUAAUGAAGAUUCAGGAUCUAUUACAUUAUAUCUAAAUUUCUUAAACGUGAAAUUAAAUGUGAUUUUAUUUUUAGUAGGGUUUUUUUUCAUAUUUUGAUGAGUUGUUUGUUGGUGUUAUAUUUAAAUAUUCAUUUAUUUUUACAUAAAUUUUUUUGUAUCUUCUUUAAAAUUGCACUUCAUCUUGUAGAAUAGUGCAGAUAUACAAGUUGAAAGGUGUUUGUUUGCGUUGGUUAUAUAUAAAGAGAUUGUUAUAUACAAGUA